CGUGGUUUGUGUGAAUUUAUGGAGAAAGCUUCUAUAACUGCAUAACAGAUGUGAUGGGGAUGGGGAGAGAGAUUAGUGGUGCUUUAAUGAUUUGAAAGCACUUGAGCUUUAAGCUGAUGGGGAGGGGGUUAAACCACCAGUACCAUACUUAUCACAAUAUACAGCAUAUCAGCAUGUCUGGCUGAGGGCUGCUGGGAAAACAAAGCGGGCAUCGUCUUAAUAUUACCAUAGGAAGGUAUUUCCAACCCAAGAUAUCCGGAGGUAUUCAUUUAUCAGGCUGUGCAUUGGAUUCUUGACACACAGCUGGUAUGAGGUUUGUGAACAUGGGUGUCCGUGUUCGGCGGACUGCUGAACCAGCAGAACCAGAACCAGAACCUGAACUACAACCAAAACCAGAACAUAAGCACCAUCCUGCUCAUCCAACUCAUCACGACUAUGAACACAUGAAGAACAAGUUCAUGAAUGAGCUGGAACAUCUUCCAUUGCCUAUGUGGGCUGUAGGAGCCAUCGUGGUUGUGGUUCUCGCCCUUGUGGCUUGUUUUACAUAUUGCAUGUUCAAGAAAUGCUUUGGCAAGAAGAAGAAAUCCAAGAAAGCCCGAGAGAGGAAGAGAGCAGGAUGGAAAAAAAAAGAAGGGACUGAAGGAGAGGGUGAAGGAGAACAAAAGGAAGAAGGAGAAAAAAAGGAGGGGGAAGUGCAAAAAGAAGAGCACGAAAACCUUGGAAAACUGGAAUUCUCUUUGGAUUACAACUUCACUGAUGCUCAGCUGAUAGUUGGAGUUCUUCAGGCUCAAGAUCUUCCUGCUAUGGAUAUUGGUGGUACAUCCGACCCAUAUGUGAAAGUUUACUUGCUUCCAGACAAGAAGAAGAAGUUUGAAACCAAAGUCCAGCGCAAAAAUCUGUGCCCUGUGUUUAAUGAGACCUUCAUCUUCAAGAUUCCCUAUGCUGAAUUGGGUGGUACUAAAACUCUGGUGCUUCAGGUUUUUGAUUUUGAUCGGUUUGGUAAACAUGAUGUGAUCGGCCAGAUAACGAUUCCCAUGAACUGUGUGGAUCUCGGACAGCCGCUGCAUGAAUGGAGGGAUCUCGAAAGUGGAGAAAAGGAUGAGGAGAAACUGGGAGACAUUUGUAUUUCUCUGCGUUAUGUGCCCACUGCUGGAAAACUCACCGUCAACAUAAUGGAGGCCAAAAAUCUCAAAAAAAUGGAUGUUGGUGGUUUAUCAGAUCCGUAUGUGAAGAUUGUGUUACAGCAUAACGGAAAGCGUCUGAAGAAGAAGAAAACUACAGUUAAAAAGAACACACUGAACCCAUACUUUAAUGAGAGCUUCAGCUUUGAGGUGCCAUUUGAACAGAUUCAGAAAGUCCAGCUCCUCAUUACUGUGUUUGACUAUGACAAGCUGGGAAGCAAUGACCCUAUUGGCAAAACCUUUAUCGGUUAUGGUGCCACAGGUGUCGGCUUACGCCAUUGGUCAGACAUGCUGGCCAAUCCCAGACGUCCAGUGGCCCAGUGGCACACACUUCAACCGGAGGAAGAGGUGGAAGCAGCUCUGAAAGCGCCACAUCGCUAAACAUCGUCAUGGUAACAAGUGGGUAGUAUACCCAGAGUAUACAUCACAUCCAGGGCAACAGUGAAUCAUCCACCUACUGAGCAACUUAGUGAAUGGCAUUGAUAGGCACUGCAUGCAUCAGCUUUACUAGCAUGACCAGUGAUCUUUACAGUUUAUGUUUUGUGGAAGCUUAGCAUUGCUGAGUUAUAGUUUCACGCAUAAUGUUUUCUCUCCCGAGAUUAUUUUGUGUUACGUGAAGAUCGUCGAUUUCUUAUGAGUUGUAUAACUAAAUGCAUGUGUUUAUGUUUGGAGUAGAUGUGUUUUCUUUAUGGUAGCUGUCACUCUGCAUGGUUUUGUAAGUGAUUUUUGUGUUAAAGAUGUGAUGGUGAAUGGUUGUUUAUUUUGGUGCGAGUUAAACCAGUACAGACAGUAUGUCAGCGAUUUUUGGCAAAUAUAAAAUGAAUUAAAGAAUUAAAAUCUUCUCUUCUGCAUUUAAUGAAUAGCUAUGCAAAUGACAACAGUUAAAAUGGUUAUAUUUAUAUGAAUUGAUUGCUAUUGUCAAAACAAGGUACAAAUUAAUUUUGUUCCACUUUUGUAUUCCCAGUGCUAAACUCACUUUGUGUUUGAAAAUGCAAAUUAAAUAAAACUGAUGUCUCAUUUG